UAUUUGUGAAUUAUUAAAAUAUUUAAUAAAUAAAAAUGGGAAUCAAUUGUGGUGUACCUGGAUGCGAAAGUAAAGUUAGUGAAACAAAAAUGCAUGUGUUACCUGGCGAUAAUCGAUUUAAGAUUUGGGCUACAUUCAUUGGACGUCCGGACUUGGAUAUUUCAAAACGAAAAUCUUACCGUAUUUGCGAUAAACACUUUCCGGAAGAAAUGAAAUAUGCUACAUUUCACAAUGUUACAAAUCUUAAAAAGACUGCUUUGCCGGUUAAUAAAGAAGUCCAGAGAAAUGCAGAUGUGGAAGAGGCGUAUUCUACUUUGGAGGUGAAUGUUUCAAGGCCAAAUGAAUUGGUUCAAGAGCCUGGUAGUUUGAAAGAAUUAGCUGUUCCUGGUCCGAAUAAAUUAAAGGAUCUUGGAAUAAAGACGUUGGUUCCCAGGUUUUUGAACCAAGAUCCUUUAGAGAAUUUUUUCGGUAAAGUUUGUCAACGAGGAAGUCGGUGGUCGAAUCCAUCGUGCCAUGCUUUUGGACCGUUUUACAAAUCUCUUCUGGUCACUAACUUAGUUAGUAAACAUUCUGUGGGAGGGAAUUGUGAAGAUGAUGGGUCGGAUUUGCUGAUUCCAUUGCAAACAUUUAUCCUACAGAGUGAAAAUCAGGAGAGAGGAGAAGCGGAGAUUACAGCGGUUGAGAUUCCAUCUGAAGUUUUGAGUAAUAUUUUCAAUGAUUUAGAAAAAAAUGCUAUUGCAUAUGUAGGCGGGUACAUCUUAAAAAACAUUAAAAUAAAAAAGUGUGAGAAGUGUAAGUAUAAUGUGUUUUUGCAGCAGGAGGAGGAAAAUGAAUUUUUAAAUUUUGUGCGCGAAAAAGAGUUUGGGGGGGCCGUUGCUACUAGGCUUAAUUAUAUAAAUAGUAAAUUUUUAUUAAAUAUGACUAAGGCGUAUAAUAUUGCCAAAUUUAUUUUGAAAAAUGACCCAAACAAAAAACAUUUGUUAAAAGUGAUUAGGAAAACGGUUUUUCAGAACGUAAAUUUCAACUUCGUAGAAUGCGAGCAUUCUACGGAGUUGAAAUUUAAUAUUGUGCAUAAUUUUUGCAAGAUGAUUGUGUUCACUUAUUUUAACGGAUUUAAUAGUAUAUUGGCCGGUAAAGAUUUAAGAUCUUUGCCUUUCAAUAGUAGUAGCUUGUAUAAAAUCGCGAAGAAGUUGCAUGACCAGUACAAACAUGCUAAAAAGUAAAUAAUUAACAAAUCUUUUAUGUUUGGGUAUUUUUCGGUUGUUAGAUAUAGUGAGGAUGUCCUAAAAUCGUCCCAUUUAAUUUUAUUAAAA